AUGAUCUUCUCCAACGUCUUCUUCACCGGCCUUCUUGCCGCUACUGCCGCUGCUCUGCCUCACCGUGCCCGUGACACCAGCUCCGGCUCCGGCAGCGUUCAGUUCGUCAACAACAUGGGCUCUGAUGUCUACAUGUGGACCACUUCCGCCAACCCUGGCGAGAUGAAGACCCUCAGCAAUGGCGGUGGCACCUACAGCGAGGAGUGGCAGACCAACCCCGACGGUGGUGGCAUCUCCAUCAAGCUGUCGACUACCACGAGCGACACCGACAGUGUUCUCCAGUUCGAGUACACCGUCAACUCCGACACUCUCUACUGGGACUUGUCUUCCAUUAACAUGGAUAGCUCUUCCGACUUCGUCACCAGCGGCUUCUCGGUCGUCCCCAGUGACUCCAGCUGCACCACUGCCACCUGUGCCCCCGGCAAUGCCAACUGUGCCGAUUCAUACCAGCACCCUGACGAUGUCAACACCCUUUCCUGCUCGACUAGCGCUACCUACGUCGUCACUCUAGGCUAA